CUACGCGAUGGCCCGCCUGGAACUCGACGACACGCCCACGAGUAUCGCACGUAGGGACGUGACAGCAUUCUUCAGCCCACAGGACUGCGUCAACUUUCUACGUUUCACGCAAUCGCAAGUUAUGCUGAUGCUGGAUCUGCUGUUGAUCCCCGCGUUCAUCCGAACUGACUGUGGGUUCGUGGUAAGCGGACGGGAGGCUCUGUGCGUGCUCCUGUAUCGGCUCGCUUUCCCAUGCCGCCUGAAGGACAUGCGCUUGGUUUUCGGGAUGAGCGAAUCGUGUAUCUGCGAAGCCUUAACUGUAUGUUGCAUUUUCUAGACUUCAGGUGGGGGUAUCUGCUGUCCCUCGACGUGGCACGCCUGCAGCCGCACCUGAUCGAGUUUGCGGAAGCAAUCUUCAACUCCGGCUGUCCUCUCACUCACUGUUGGGGAUUUAUCGAUGGC